UGCUAAUCAAAAUUGCAAAAAAAAAAUACUUUAAAUAGCUUUAAAAAGAAUCCGAACUAUUUACAGACAUUUGAGCACUUGCAGAAUGAAUGACAUAAUGCCCUCUCUGAAUGUCCUAUAGCUAUAUAUAUUUUCAAGACUGCUUUGCUUUGCCUUCAAACAGGCUUUUCCUGCCUGGAGGAAUGCCUCAUUAUGAGGUUUCUAAUUCUUGUAAACAUCAUGCUGACUGUCUCAUGCAUGAUCAGCGCAGAUUAGGCCCAAGCAGGAAUUUAGCAAACCACUUCCGCCCGCUCAUUUAUUUCUGAGUGUGUUGCAACCAGUCCGUGCCAUUUGGUGUGACAGCUGGAAAAUGGACAUCGGCACUGUUGAUUAUGGAAGAUUAUUUAUUUAUUUAUUUGUGAAAGAAGACAGGACAAGACAUGAGGAGUUUCGAGGCUUAAAAUGACAAGGGCAUGUGAAAGCUGCUGUACCUGUGUGACCCCAAGACUUCAAGCAAGGUCUCAACUGGUGUUGACCUGAGCUUUUUCUCUCUCUCUCUCUAUAUAUAGUGUCAUCAUCUGUGGAGCUUGUAAAAGAUCUUUGGAAUACGAAGCGUUGUAAACUGCAGAUGAGGAAUAAGUAACAGCCUGAAACAGCCCGAAUGAAAGCGUGAGACAGAUCCACUUGCUCGCAGAGAACCCGCAAGUGUCAGACUGCCGCCGUCAUGGGGGAAUGGAGUUUUCUCAGCGGACUCUUUGACCACCUGCAGGCCCAUUCGCCCAUGCUGGGCCGCUUCUGGCUCCUGCUGAUGCUGGUGUUUCGGAUCCUGAUCCUGGGAACAGUGGCCAGCGACAUGUUCGAGGACGAGCAGGAGGAAUUUGCCUGCAACACGCUGCAGCCGGGCUGCAAGCAGGUGUGCUACGACCAGGCCUUCCCCAUCUCCCAGUACCGCUUCUGGGUCUUUCACAUCGUCCUCAUCGCCACGCCGUCGCUGCUUUUUCUCAUGUACGCCAUGCAUCAUCACAACAAGAGAACCAGCGCUUCCAAAGCUCCUCGAGACUACAGGGAAACCCGGCAGUUGAGGCGGCUCUACAUAGUCCACGUGGCCUUUCGGUUGUUCGCCGAAGUCUCCUUUCUCGUCGGGCAGUGGUGGCUUUACGGCUUCAAGGUGGAGGCCCAGUAUCCCUGCGACCGCUUCCCUUGUCCCUACACCGUGGACUGCUUCACCUCACGCCCGGCCGAGAAAACCGUCUUUCUCUGUUUCUACUUCACCGUCGGGGUCUUGUCUGCCAUUUCCAGUUGCGUGGAACUUCUCUACAGUUCCAGCAAGUGGUUCUGUUGCAAACGACGGCAUUUCAGCGACCCGAGCGCCCAGAGCUACAAGUCGGGGGAGCUGCCAGAGAUGCGUUCGCAAACAACCGUGUCAGACAACGUGGCAAGCAGCGGGAAGACCAGGAGGGGUUCGCACAAGAGCAGCAGGAAGGGUGACAGGCCGCCUUACAGGAACGGUAAACAUGUAAACGGCAAGACUUUCGUGGUGUGACAGCCUAUUUUGGAAGACAAUCAACUCUCACUGAGUCAUAAGGAAGUACAAAAAAAAAAAAACAUGUUGAUUUAGCCGUCGUCAGUCACCGCUCACCAAACUGACGUGGAUCACAUUGGACACCGGAGGUGGCAAAAGUACUCAGUCGGUGGGUAACUCAUUCACUGCCACUGAUGGCUGUAAACGUCAAAGAUCCAUUUUAAACUGGGCUGGCAGUGAACGAGCCACAAAUUACAAACAUGUUUUUUUUUUUUCUUUCCUUCCUCGGUAGUCACGAUUGACAAAUGCGCUAAUGACAAGUAUAAUUGAAU